AUGUCCCUGGGGUCGCGACGUGUGCUCUUCCGAUCCACAGAUUCUUUGGGCGAUUUGUUUCACGGGCCGGAUUCGGCCCAUUUGGCCGAUGUUAAACUCAUCUGCGACGGUGGACAGUGCGUGUUUUGGGCCCACCGGCCGGUUUUGGCCAGUGUGUCCACGCUGUUGAAGCAUCUGUUUUUGGAAGCGGGUCCGGAGGCGUCCUCCGUGGUCACGGUCCAUUUACCGGAUGUGGCGGCCCGACCCCUCAAGGCCGUGUUGGAUUAUGUCUACACUGGGGCUAUGUAUCUCUGCGCGGCCGAGUGGGAAGCCGUGCUACGGGUGAUUGAGGUUCUGCGGAUCCAUUGUGGCGUGUCCGUAUCGAAAAUGGUACCGGUGAGUGGCGGUCGUGGCCGAUCCGGAUCUAAGCGCAUCAAACGGGAGAGCCAAUGGGUCGAAGCCGAGGCUCAAUUCAUGGGCUUGGCUCACAUGGCCGGGUUGAAACGGGAAGAAGAGGGCUUAUGGGAGGCCAAGCCGGAUCUUCCCACCUGGCCUCCAUCGGGAGUCCAGCCGGUUCCAGUGGCCGAGCUUGAGAGCCCACGUCGCUGGGUGAGUGAGCCCCCUUUGGUCGUUCAUCCGGAAGUGACGGCCAAAGCUCGAUUGCAUCGAGGCUUGUCAUCGGUUGAAGUCUUGGAUGAUGAAGAUGACGAGGAAGAUGAGGAUGGCCUCGAGGAUCACCUCAAAGACGACGCCCAUCGACCCUCCUCUCAUCCAAUAAAUGAAUCUUCAGCCAUUAAACCCGAAUGCCCUUCGGAUUCAAUUUGUGUUAUGUGCGGCAAAAACUUCAAGCAUGAAGAUAACUUGCGGGUUCAUCUCCGAUCUCAUCUUGGGUUAAAGGCUGUUCUUCCCAAUUGUCAAAUUUGUACCAGGAACUUUCGUUCGCAGCUUGAACACAAUCUGCACAAAGAGUCUCAUCGGUACGCCCGUUUCAUGAAGCGAGCCCAACUGACCUCUUAUCCGACUCUGGCUUCCAAUGCCAAGAGUAAUCGACCUCAAAACCUCUGGCAAGCUUCGAAAUGUGUGCGUAGAGCAUUAAAAGUGUUGCGUCAAAAACUUCCUACUCUCCAAGAGCAAUCUCAUAUCGGGACAAAGCAUCUAGCAGUUACGACUGAAUCUCGAAAAAGUAGCCGUCGACAAAUGCCUUCGAGAAAAAAACUUGAACAAAACCAGGGCAAAAAAUCCAAUCAAGUAAUCGGAAAAUUAUGUGAAUCCAACUUAAUCAGUCGCCCCAAGCAAGCCAGGGUGAUCUUGAAACCCAUAAAGUUCAGGGGAACCUCCGAAUUUCUUCAGACACCCAUUGCCUCGAAGGUGUCCACACCAAACCGUCGCAAACGGACAGGAUCUCAGUCCACCGUAAAAAUAUCCAAAUCUCCGGCGGAAACUCUGUCUCCCACCACGCUUACUUCUUCGAAAUCUCGGAGUCGAAAAUCGUCAACCGCAUCUUUAUCGUCACUCUCUGCCGAUGCUCGAUCAUCUAAAGCGAGCCGGAAGUCGAGCGAGAGUAACUUGACUUGUCCGACUUGUGACAAGACGUUCAUAGCCCGCUCCAUCUUUGACCGCCAUGUGCGAACCUACAAGCAUGGAAUCUUCGCCCAAUUGGAUUCGCCCCAACCCACGCCCCUCUACAUUCCCCAUUCCAGUGCACCGCCUCUUCCGCAUUUCAAUACUGUAGUCCAACCUACCAUUGAGGUUCAGGGACGACAAAUGAACAAGUACGAGUGUCAUUUGUGCCAAAAGGUGUUUCUACGCGUGAAAGAUCUGGUGAAGCACAGAGAACGCAUGUGUUCGGCUUGGAACCAAGUCGGAUCACCUGCCCGAGUUGUUCAAGAUGCUUCACAGGGUGCUCCUCCUUAGAGGACUUUUUUGGGUGCGUGGGUGUUUCUUUGGUUUUCCCCCUCGGCUUAUUACCCCACGCCUGAACGAUGUUACCAUGAAACAGAGACUCGAGGGUUCAAAUGAUUUCUCAUUCAGUUGAUUUGAGCUUUGGCCUACCAAGAAAACGUUUUUCAAGUUUGAGCUCUGUCUAAGGUUUGUGUCAUAAGUUAUGAGCCCUUAAAAGUCGACUCAGAGAGGCCGUAGCUUUCGACAAACGUUUGAUUGAGUGUAAAAUUGACUAAAGAUCAAUUCAAAAAAUACGGGCAAAAGUGAAGGAUUAAGCAUUUGACUAAUCGUAGUAAAAGUUACCAACCCUACCCACAUCGUCUCUAGCGGCAUCCAUUGAUGACGUAGUCCUUGCUUCAUGUCAUUUUUGUCUCAUGGAAGUCAAGUUCCUUUGCAUUUGGUUUUCUUUUUCCACUUCUAUUAUUAACAGAGGCUUGAUGGUCUGCUUGUCCUCUUCUCUGUACCUGACACUUGCGUCAGUUGUGUCUCGCUUCAACUGAACACUAAUUGUUUUGUGUGUAUGUUUACCAAUUCACAUGUUCAGAACAUAAAGGAUAAUCGAAAAUAUAGAUACGUAUACAUCAGAAAAA